GAAAGCUCUCUGGCAGUGUAGCGGUGUAUGUGACACUGGGGACCUUAGGUGGUUGACGAGCAGCGAAGUUCUGAGGCGUUUUGAAGAUGCGGCCAGAGGGACGGUGCCUCUUUGCGGUGGCAUUAGUUAUGCUGCUCAUCGCCACUUCUGAUGCAGUGCCCGUACCUGAAGAAGCCUCUGAGUUGGGAGAUCUGCGGGCUUUGCCCUCCGUCCCACGACAAACGUCACCAUUGAUGGCUGCAAUGGCGCCUCCUCUCCCAGAUACACCAGGUGAUGCAGGCGACGUGAGCCGCGACAAGAGGACACUUUUUAAGAAGCGCCCCUUCUCUUCCGGCUCAUGUGGUGGAGGCUGCUGCGGAGGCUGCAGCGUGUGUGGAGGCUGUGGAGGCGGCGGGGGCGGCCACUCCUACAGUUCAUCGGGCUCUUACAGCUACUCGCGCUCUUACGGCUAUGGUCGACGAUAACGCUAUGGACGUCCAGCAUCAACUACGCUCCACGAGUUAAGUGGGAGACCACGCUUACCUGCGAAUUCCGCAUAGGUUUUGACAAUAGUUGUGUAUAAAUAUUUCUGUUUUAAACGAAAUACAUUUGUUUUGUAUAAAAA